AUGGGGAAAUCAUCUUCUUUUCUCUACCAAGUCUCUCAGCAUCGUUUCCCUGCAGCUUUGAAGGGAUUUUUCUAUUUUUUACAUGUAAGUUUAGCUCUUACUACCCUUCUUGUCAUUUUCAUUUACAUUUCCACUACGGGAAAUGUCACAAACGAUCAUGCCCAAACCACUCUUUACCUCCAAACUUUGCCUUCCACAUCCUCUAUUUCUUCUUUGAUCGGUCAAACCAUCCCAAUAGUUCCAUUUGAAAAUAAUGACAAUGACGACUUGUUCGCCGACCCUUCGAGAAUUGCUCGUAUGACAAGGGCUAAUCAAUGGUUUCUAGGAAAUUUGUUCGGCUUAACUAAUGGAAAUUACACUGAUAACCAGGAAGCAUACCAUGACGGUGAUCUCUUUCUACAAGACUACAAGCAAAUGAACAAAAGCUUGAAGAUCUAUGUUUAUCCUCAUAGCAAAGAUGAUCCCUUUGCAAAUGUGCUAUUGCCUCCUGAUUCUGAUAUCAAAGGAAAUUUUGCAAGUGAACUCUUGUUCAAGAAAGCUUUGAUGAAAUCCCAUUUCAUCACCAAAGAUCCUAAUGAAGCUGAUCUUUUCUACAUGCCUUUCUCAAUCUCACCAAUGAGAACUGAUCCUAGAAUUGAUGUUGAUGGAAUCCCGGGUUUUGUCAAGAAUUAUAUCUCCAAUAUCACCCGUAAGUAUCCUUAUUGGAAUCGAACUGGGGGAGCUGAUCAUUUCUAUGUUGCUUGCCAUUCCAUUGGGAAGAUUGCCUUUGAUAAAGCAUUUGUAGCAAGACUCAAUGUCAUUCAACUUGUUUGCUCUUCAACCUAUUUUCCCUCCUCUUACCUCCCUCACAAGGAUGCAUCUAUGCCUCAAGUUUGGCCUCGACAAGGCGAUCCUCCAAACCUUCUUACAUCGCAAAGGAAGAGACUUGCAUUCUUUGCCGGGGCAGUGAACUCUCCGGUACGAAUAGCUCUACUUAAGGUUUGGGCCAAUGACACUGAAAUAUUUGCACACUUCGGCCGCCUCCAGACACCCUACUCUGAACAGCUGCUCGGCAGCAAGUUUUGCAUCCAUGUCAAAGGGUUUGAAGUAAACACCGCCCGUGUGGCAGAUGCCUUAUACUACGGCUGCGUUCCUAUAAUAUUAGCUAACCACUACGACCUUCCAUUCACAGAUAUACUGAAUUGGAAAAGCUUCUCAGUCAUUGUUCACCAUAUUGAUAUCCCGGUGUUGAAGAAAAUCCUUCAAGGUAUAAGCAAUGACGAGUACUCAAUGUUGCAAAGCAAUGCAUUAAGAGUUCGUAAACAUUUCCAAUGGAAUGUUCCUCCAAUUGAUUUUGAUGCCUUUCAUAUGUCAAUGUAUGAGUUAUGGAAACGUAGAAGUGUUGUAAGGGUUAAGUUAACUCCUUCUAUGGAGUUUAUGUAAAUGAGGUUUUUUUUUUUUG